UAAGCAGCGAUUUCUUCUCAAGCAAGUUAACCAGUGCGUUUGACUAAAAGUGGUGAAAAGUGAAUUUAUUGAAUUAAAACUAUUAAGCAGUGAAUUGCUUUCGUUUGACAGAGAAAGAAUUACAUAAGACAUUCAAAAUGCCGGAAGCCGCCGCCGAAGUCGAAACCUUCGCGUUUCAGGCUGAGAUCGCUCAGCUGAUGUCGCUGAUCAUCAACACGUUCUACUCGAACAAGGAAAUCUUCCUGCGUGAGUUGAUCUCCAACUCUUCGGAUGCCCUGGACAAGAUCCGCUAUGAGUCACUGACCGAUCCCUCCAAACUGGACAGUGGCAAGGAGCUGUACAUCAAGUUGAUCCCGAACAAGGAAGCCGGCACCCUGACCAUCAUCGAUACCGGUAUCGGUAUGACCAAGGCCGAUCUCGUCAACAACCUGGGUACGAUCGCCAAGUCCGGUACCAAGGCGUUCAUGGAAGCCCUGCAGGCUGGAGCUGACAUCAGCAUGAUUGGUCAGUUCGGUGUGGGUUUCUACUCGGCUUAUCUGGUCGCCGAUAAGGUCGUUGUCACUUCCAAGAGCAACGACGAUGAGCAGUACUUGUGGGAAUCGUCGGCCGGAGGCUCGUUCACUGUUUCUCUGGACACUGGAGAGCCUCUUGGACGUGGUACCAAGAUCGUCCUGUACAUCAAGGAAGAUCAGCUGGAAUACCUGGAGGAAAGCAAGAUCAAGGCCAUCGUGAACAAGCACUCACAGUUCAUUGGUUACCCUAUCAAGCUGCUCGUCGAGAAGGAGCGCGAGAAGGAAGUCAGCGAUGACGAAGCCGAAGAGGAAAAGAAGGAGGAAGAGGAGAAGAAGGAAGACGAGCCCAAGAUCGAAGACGUUGAAGACGACGAGGAAAAGAAGGACAAAAAGAAGAAGACCGUCAAGGUCAAGUACACCGAGGACGAAGAACUCAACAAGACCAAGCCCAUCUGGACUCGCAACGCCGACGACAUCUCUCAGGAAGAGUAUGGUGAAUUCUACAAAUCCCUCUCCAACGACUGGGAAGAUCAUUUGGCCGUCAAGCACUUCUCCGUUGAAGGUCAGCUGGACUUCCGUGCACUGCUGUUCGUCCCACGUCGUAUGCCGUUCGAUCUGUUCGAGAACAAGAAGAAGAAGAACAACAUCAAGCUGUACGUCCGUCGUGUCUUCAUCAUGGACAACUGCGAGGAAAUCAUUCCGGACUACCUGAAUUUUAUCAAGGGCGUCGUCGAUUCGGAAGAUCUGCCACUGAACAUCUCCCGUGAAAUGUUGCAGCAGAACAAGAUCCUCAAGGUCAUCCGCAAGAACUUGGUCAAGAAAUGUUUGGAACUGUUCGAGGAAUUGGCCGAGGACAAGGAAACCUACAAGAAGUUCUACGACCAGUUCAGCAAGAACUUGAAGCUCGGCAUCCACGAAGACACCUCCAACCGUCUGAAGCUCGCCGAUCUGCUCCGCUUCAACACGUCCGCCUCUGGUGACGAGUACUGCUCCAUCGCCGAGUACGUCAGCCGUAUGAAGGAGAACCAGAAGCACAUCUACUUCAUCACCGGCGAAAGCAUCGAACAGGUCAAGAACUCUGCCUUCGUGGAGCGUGUCAAGAAGCGCGGAUUCGAGGUCGUCUACAUGACCGAAGCCAUCGACGAGUACGUCAUCCAGCAGCUGAAGGAAUACCAAGGCAAACAGCUGGUCUCCGUCACCAAAGAGGGCCUGGAACUGCCAGAGGACGAGGAAGAGAAGAAGAAGCGCGAAGAAGACAAGGCCAAGUUCGAGAACCUGUGCAAGGUCAUGAAGUCUGUUUUGGACAACAAGGUCGAGAAGGUGGUCGUAUCGAACCGUCUGGUCGAAUCCCCGUGCUGUAUCGUCACCUCCCAGUACGGUUGGUCCGCCAACAUGGAACGUAUCAUGAAGGCCCAGGCUCUGCGUGAUUCCUCCGCCAUGGGCUACAUGGCCGGCAAGAAGCACCUGGAAAUCAAUCCGGAUCAUUCGAUCAUCGAAACCCUCCGACAGCGUGCCGAAGCCGACAAGAACGACAAGGCCGUCAAGGAUCUCGUAAUCCUGCUGUUCGAGACUGCCCUGCUCUCGUCCGGCUUCUCGCUGGAUGAACCCGGAGUACACGCAUCCCGCAUUUACCGCAUGGUCAAACUGGGUCUCGGUAUCGACGAAGAUGAUACUAUGAACACGGAAGAGUCGGCACCGGCCGCCGGUGGGGAUGCCCCACCACUGGUUGAGGAUUCCGAAGAUGCUUCGUAUAUGGAGGAAGUUGAUUAAGCGGUGACGAUCUCUCCCUAGCGCUAGAUUAAUGUAUUCGAAUUGAAACCCCGGUUCUGGAUAAUUUUGCAGUUUUCUUUU